CAGAUUUUUAGCAGACCGCUGAUCGCCUGUUUAAAGGGAUAUUCGGGCCUAAAAUUAAGUUAGGGAGAGAGUAGGUGAGUUGUGUUUGGUCUCUUAAACAAAGUUAAAAAGAUGUUUGGUGGCUGUGACCCUAUAUGUCCUGUUGAUGAAGUUAGGUGCUGUUCUGAACAUUAUUUGUGGCUAUAGAGUGGCGUUUUGGUUGGGGGCGUGUCUCUCUGUAUUACUAUCCUGUGGUCGUUACUAAAGUUGGUAUAACUAGAGAAGUAAGAGGUCGUCAACAUUCAUCUCUUGACGGGGUGUCUAACUCGGUGUUACGGUGGGUUUGACCCUAAAUUAAUUUUAUAUCCCUUCAAGUCUUCUCUCUGUGUCUCUGCUCGAUUUUCUGUUUGUUUUUGUAAACUGAAGGUGGAUUACUGCGGGUGUUUUGCCUUAUAACUCUCUUACACUGAGGAAUUUCUGAAAACGAAUUGAGUUUCUAUAAAAGAAGCCAGGAGCAGCUCAGUGCACAGCCCCUAAUUUGUCUGCAGAAACAAGACUGAAUGAAAUCAGGGUGUUUUUGGACCGUUAUUGAGAACUGGGUCUGUUCAUUCUUUAGAGGAAGACAGUUGAAGUUCAUCUUGGAAAGAAACUAUAACGAGUGGGUUUAGAUUUACAAAAACACUCUGGUAUUUUUCUGUUUGGAGGACGUGAAGAAGGAGACCUCUUUUAUUAGGAAUCAGGAUGGUUUUCUUGUAUUACUCCAGUCUGCAAAGCAUCCUUGACUUCAAGUGGCUGAACAUCCAGGGAAUUUUUAAAAGCUGCAUCCGUUGACAGCCGUGAAAAGCAGGAUUACACUCCAGGAUGAAGAAUACACGAAUUUAAAGUAACAUCUGUUUAAUCCGUGUACCUGGAAGUGGUGCUCCUCUAUCAACAGUGUGACAUCCAGCAGCAGACGCUCCUCGUAAAGCGCCCGGAAACCCGAUGACACACUCCCAUCGUGCACCUGGGACAGGUACACCUCCACAUCUGCCCCCGACAUAACACACCUGGAGGCAUGAAGGACAGCAGAGCACAGGAGCAGGUGGGGGUGGAGAGAGAGCGGUGUGAAAAUCACAGAGCAUUAAAAGUGGCAUCGAUGGAGUCGGCUACAGCUGUGUAAUGCAAACAUAAAACAAGGAUGAAACGAAGCCAACAGAUAUUUUAAAAAUGACUCCAGCAAGCACACAACUGCAAGUCUCUCCACAGUCAGGGUUGUGUUCGUGAGCACUGCUGCAAAAAGGUAAGACUGGGCCUGGAAGGGCAUUCACGAGGACGCUCAGCAUUAAAAGCUCAGCAUUUCAGCUGCUGCAUCCGAACAGGCAGUAACUCUUUCACAGACAAAUGUGUGUGUUUCUGCUCGGACCCCACAGGGGAAAUAUUCUGCUCCACUGCAACAACACAGUGAGGGUGGCACGCGAAAUAAAGAGACAGAAAGAAAGAAUAAAAAAGCAUCCGGCAUGUUCAUCCACUUUCUUCAGGGUGGAAACACGCCGUCAUGUGCACACAAACAAAACAGAGAAACAGAGAGCAACCACACAAAAACACACACGUUUGUAAUUACACCCACACUCAGUACAAGACGACUGAAACAAACACACACACACACCUUUACACUCACAGACUCUCACAAACAAUGCAAAUGAAACACACGCACAGCACACUCACCUCUGAUUGGCCACGGGCAUGUCAGAGGGGGUUGUCCGAGCCAAUCAGAGGACAGUGCCCCUUGUGUCCUGUAGAUGCUAACAAUGUCCCUUUUCUGAGCGUCAAUCACCUGGACGACAAAGCCAACACAACGGCCACAUUAAAGCAUGAAGGUCUGCAGGAGCAAACUGUCAUCAUCAUCAUCAUCAUCAUCAUCAUCAUCAUCAUCAUCAUCAGAAAACAGCCAAACAAACAACAUCUGAGCAGGUUCAUCAUCGUCAAACACUGACAAAAGUAUGUGGACGCCUCAGCUGUACGCCCACAGAGAGAAGACCAGGGUGUCCACAUACUUUUGGCCUGAAUGUGAGCGUGACGUCUCUCUGCUGUCAAUGAUUCAGGAGGAACUUAUGACAGUCUGUUUAUUAGCAUGGAUGAUAUGAAAUGAAGGUUUUAAUGGCGUUUGGAUUAAAAGAUUAUUUCACUCGAUUGCACCUUUUUACCAGAGUAAUGAGACUGCAGGGAAGUUAAUCAGUGAGAUUUGGAGAGCCUGAUAUGAUGAACAUGAUGAAAUACAGAAACAUCAGCGGUCAAACUUUGAGAAAAGCUACAAAGAGUUUUAAAAACGUUAAAAACUUAUUUACAUGAUUAUUAUCUACACCAGUCACAUGUUUCAGCAGAUGUUUUACUCAUUUAUGAGAAAGACAAAUACACUGGGCGAUACCUUGACUUUAAUAAUCAAGUAGCUGGUUUAGAUUUGAUAAGUCCUUUAAAAGGUUGGGUAGGCGGGAAUCCAUUAAAGAAGCAUCUUUUUUGUGGUUGUGUACAGAAAAGCUUUUAAUUUCAGUCAAUAGCUGUAAGUUAUUGAUGACAUUUGAUAAUAUAACGAUAUCGCUGUGUAUUGUUAUGUCUGUGUAGUCAACAUUAAAAAAAAUUUGAGUGGUCCGCUCUUUCUGACUGUAAACAAAGCCGUUCUCCGCCUCCCCCAACCUGAUUGGUUGUGAGGCAGACACUUCUCCCCGUGUCGUUCAGGAAUCCAAACAAAGUUAGCGUGCUACAAUAUCGGACAGUAGAAACCAACCAGAAAGUUCGGAAAAUUUGUCUGAAUCCUCUUUUGGCCACAACUGCCGACACAAGCAAGAAAACAAAGUAAAUACCGGAGACUCUGGAGGAAUAACGGGCGCUUAAAACGGAGGUAGACCGGACAAGAGCUAAAAAGCCGGGUCAACAUAAACGAUGGGGGACGCUUGGGGAUCUUGGUGACCCUGUAACCUUUCUGCUGGACAGGUAAACCGCUUUAACAAAGUAAGACAAGUGUCUGUAACAGAAGUGUUUCUUGUCAAACGGACCUGCUGUAGCGUGUUGUAGCGCCAUCGCUAAACUGUCCUCCCUCGGGUCCUGGACUAUGUCACUUUAUCCUCGUUGUAGAAGUCCUGCAAACAUUGUGUUUGCUGGUAGUCUGUUGGCAUCUACAGUAGCACCAAUGCUUUUGACUUUCACCUUGACUGGGCCCCAUUUGUAAUGAUCUGAAGGAUUUAUCUGCAUUAUAUCUUAAUUUGUUGGAACGAUACGAGCGAGCAGGAGCGUCUGUUUGUGGGCGGGGCUUUCUGGAGCAGAGAGGGAGGGGAGGAGCUGAGGGGAAAACUGGUUGGGAGGGGUCGAGUUUACAUUCAAGAUUUCUCCUAAAAACUGGAACUUCAUCAGAUCCUGACUACCCCACCUCUAAUAUGUCAUCACUCCUAGUUUUUAUUAUUAAUAUGAUUAUUAUUAUUAUUAUUAUUAUUAUAGGCCUGAAAUGUGAGUCAUACAGGUGUAUUGUGCAGCCACCCACCCUCUGGACGAGGCUGCUGCAUAAAUAGUUGCAGCCAAUGAGCUAAACUACACGGAUGUAAACAAGCACACAAAACGGAUGGCGUCUUUAGUCAAUAUUUGGAUCUGUAAACUGGAGGCUGUGUCUAGAUAAAAGCGGUUGACCAGCGCAAUCUAACCAGAACAGGCAUGUGGAGUGAAGGCUGGUGGUCUAACUUUGCAAACUUCUGCGACAUUGUUUACCUGCAGACUCUGUAAGUCUUAGUGACGAGUCAGUGAGUCUAAAAUCUUCAUUCAAACAUCCUCAAAAUGAGCGACCUCAGAGGGUCUCUAGCCUAAAACCCCUGCGGCCCCAAAACACAGAUUCUAAAUGUAUGAAACGGACAGGGAUCAGGAAACCAGAUGGAUUAUGUGUAAAAUGGAUGCUGAGUUAACAGUGACAGUUUCCUCAGGUUAUAAGGAACCAUGCAGCGCUACUGAGUGAAAAAUAUUACCUUGUGGAGCCCGGGCGAACAAUCACAGGCUUUGACAGCUGAGCGCUAAGGGGCCGCUCGCAUUUCCUGUGUUUGUGUUUCCCUGGUUCUAGCAGAGGAGACAAGGAAGUGAGCAGUUAAAACACUGAAGGAGGAGGAGAAAAACACAAGGAAACCAUCACGUUACAUGAAAUAUUCAGGUGUUUACAUGUCAUAAAUGCUGUAGUAACCCUGAUUUAUUUAGCAUCAGAAGCAACACAACAGUGAAGGAGGCAAUAACUACACAUACCACCAUCCUCAAAGAAUAGGGUUUCUAAACACAGACGUCUGAUUUACCUGCUAAUUAUUUACUCAAGUCACAGAUUAAUCAUUCAGUCUGAGAAUUUAAGGCAAAAAAGUGAGAAAAAUGCAUUUCAGCAGAUAUAAAAGCUCAAGACAACUUUUCAAAAACACGACCACACUUGUGUUUCCCUGAUUCAGCUGAAACUAAUGACCCCAGAUUAUUUGAGAUUUAUUCCCGAACUAAAAAACUAAAAUGGCAAGAGGUGAGGAGUAUCUCAGAAAAACUAAUACUUUCUGGGGUAAAGACCAUUAUUUAAGCUUUGUAAUUCUGUGUAAAUCUCUGUGCACUUUUGUUUCAGGAACUCUCGCCCUCUGACUGGCCUGACCCCGGCUCGCCUCUGUGCUGAAAGGAAAAACAACAGCAGGUUGCAGCAGCGUCCGUUCUGAGACCGUCUCUGCAGCACAGCACACCUGACGACAGGCUCAGCCCCCGCAGAGGUUCACAGUCACUUCACAGGCUGCAGCCCGGCUAACGUAUUGUUCAGACAAAUCAAAUCACUUCACGCUUAAGUGACUCAUUAUGGGAGUUAUGUUCUCACUUAUGUACCCUUUACUCUUCCCUUCAAAGUAAACUUAGUUUAAACUGCUCCCUGAUAAAAGUUAGGGGUGGGAGAAAAAAAUCGAUUCACACAAGUAUCGCAAUUUUUUGUUUUACAAUUUUUAAAUCGAUUUUUUCUUUCAAAUGUAAGAAUAAAUCUUAAAAACUGACCUACAUGUGAUGUUUAAUGGUUCCUGAAAUAGUCAGUAGACAAUCAUAAUCAUUCAACUGUUUCAUUGGUGACCAAAAUCCGAGAAAAUCGACAUAUCGUAGAAUCGCAAUUCAAAUCGAAUCAGCAUCCAAAAAAUCGUAGAAGAAUGGAAUCGGGGGAAAAGCAUAUCCUCUCAGCUCUGAUAAAAGUAUUUAAAGAUUUAAAGGGAAACAUCUCUUUUACCUUUUUAUCUUGCUUUGAUUGUCCUUAAAUUAUUUUAGAUUCUAGUUUGUAUACUUUGAUGGGUCACAUUUUUAUACUCCAGACAUCCGACGCAAAUCAAACUCCACCUCAGAGAAAAUAAAGUUGAGGUUUAAGUUGACAUUGCUGAUAAUGAAUUAUAACAUCCAUGCCACUGAUACAGAGCGUGUAUUUAGCCUACAAACCAAUGAACUUUAACAUAUCGUCAGUAAGAUCGGAUGUUUGUGUUGUUGUUUCUGUUCCUGUUACAAAAAAACUGUGACAGCAAGAGUGACAGGAAAAUAACAAAGGAAAACAUCAAGUUUAGAACAUUAAAAAAGAAGUGUUUAUAUCGUAGUGUCAAAGUGAGUUCGAAAAUAUCGGUAUAUCGGAUAUCGGCAACAGUCAGAUGAAGUUCUGAAGAAAUAACUGACCGCCAAAUACAAAAGAGUGAAACCCUUUCUUAAUUGAACUUUUGAACCAUAAUUUCUUUUCUUUGACAGAGAGGUUGUUCCUGUCCCUGUACUUUUAUAAAAUCGGAGCAGAGACCAGAACAGAGGUCUCUAACCCUGGGAUCAAAGCCCAAAACAAAGGCUCCUCUAACGGUCUGCAGCCCGGGGACGGACACCAUCAGGUCAGGCAGCGAUUUAAUGAUAUAAUAGAUACUGAAUAAAUGUGAUAAAAGCUGUUGUUUUACUCUGCUGUGUGUUUCUUAGCUGCUAAAAUAAACUGUCACGAUUCUGAGCUCCGGGAAUCCGGCUCUGCUCUCCACCGGGAUCAGGUCUAGCUUAGCCGCUGAAAUCCAGCCGUCUCACCUCGGCGGUGCUGAUCCCCACAACCCCUCUUCGACCAGGCAGCUCUGGCUCCUUCGGACAUGAAGUUGCGGGUUCUGUUCCGGAAUCAAGAGAGCGGACGGCAGCGGUGCUCUGCCAUGUUAACGUCCACCUGCCGGACGCAGAGACCCCCAAAUUAAACGGCUAACACACCACCGCGGUUCUCAGGCUUUACGGACGCCAUUUUCUGCACCGGCGUCAUUUCCCUUUUGGGCGGAACUGAAGGGCGUUCAGAGGUGCAGCAAAGAUUGUUUUAGUCUGCAAGAUGAAUCACUCCGACCGACCCCAGCUGGAUUGUUAUUGUUGGGCAAACCGACCCCUCAUUCAAGGGCGCGUCCACGUUUUUCUUUGAUUUGGGUGACCCAGCUGGGAACCCCCAUGGACCCCACAUUCACACCUGAAGCUAAUACUACACAGUAUCCUUACAUGGCCUCACCAAAUUACACAUUGAAAAGCACACAAAGCAAAAUUAAACAAUAACCUUUCCACUAACUUCUUUGCUCAUCUUUUCGCCGUCUUCUUCUGUGCCUAGAUCGUAAAACACAGGUGCAUCAAUGUUAUAGGUCCCUGGCCGCUCACUUCUGUUGUGGCUUUUUUUAUUCGCAUCCUUUUAUUUUCGUAGUAACUAACUUUUUUUUUCAUUGUCACUUUUUUUUUCUUUUGCGUCGUUAACUUCCAUUGUGUUUUUUUUUAUCUGCACUAUUUUUUUUUUUUUUGCUGCUGGCUUCGGUUUCUGUCUUUCUUUCUUUCUUUCUUUCUGCGCUGUUUCUUUUUUAUUUGCAGUGGGCUAUAGUUUCUUUUUUUUUUUUUGCUACAGCAACUUCUGUUAUGGUUUCUUUCUCUCUUUCUUUCUUUUUUGCAUCACCACUUUUUUGUGUGUGUCAUUAACUUCCAUUGUGGUUUUUUUUUUUGUUGUUGUUGUUGUUUUUUUUCUGCUGCACUGUUUCUUUUUUUAUUUGCAGAGGGCUUUGGUUUCUUUUUUUUCUGCAUCAGUGUUUUCCGUUGUGGUUUCAUUUGUUUGCAUUCUUUUUUUUUAAUUUGCAGCAGUGGCGGUUCUCAGCCACCGUAAUCUUUUACCUCAGCAAACUUGGGUCAGGGUAGCCUACAACUCCAGGGUUCGGUCAAGGCAUACAAUUCGAAAGAACUACAAACCUGAUGACGUCUAUUAACAACGACGGACCUGACACAUGGAUCAGGGAUUGGAUUUUUUUAUUGAAAGAGGAAAAACUCUUGACCAAACCCGAACCUUUUAGGAAAACUGACCGUUUGUAAGCACAUCUGAGCCCCAACAGUUUGUGUACAUGACAAAAAAAUGUUAAUCUUACAGAAAUAAAUUGCAUCAGCCGCGGUGAAAGGUCCCCUCCGCCUAUACGAACCAUACGGAUGCACAAACGCUUACUUCACCGCUGUUCAGGGACAAAUACAUCUAGACUUGCUUUCGUAAUUUAUUUAUUAUUUAUUCUUGUAAUGCAAACUCUGUCAGCGUUUUUCGUAAUGGUCGAUAAUAAUGUAAGGAAAUGAUCCCAUCGGUUGUAUUGAUCAGGCAUUCGUCUCAGACACCUUCCUGAUUCCCUUUCCAGUCAAGAUGGCGGGCGACGAGUCUGGAACAACGCUUGGUCAGCCUCAUUUGGCCAAACAAGACCUCUCUUCUCUGGUAGGAGACGAUUUUAUAUACAUUCACAGCUCUCUCUAAAGUCUCAGGCUUUAUUUGUGUGGGUUUUCCUCAAAAAAUGUGACACGAAUCUGAUAUAUCUAAGCGUCAACGGUCGCCGGUGUUGCGCCACCUCCACCACCCGGCACAUGAGGAUGGGCCCCCCGGUGGAGCUCAGAGCUCCGCCACCGGCCUCACCUGUGACAAAGACCGCAGAUUCAUUCAUUUGUCAACUUGUAAUGAGGACAAUAUCGGAUUUUUAUUAAUUCUGUACAGUUUAAGUAGUCCACAUGUUUGUACUGAGUCAGGAUUAUCUGCUGCAACGACUCAGUGACUGGCAGUCAUUGAAUUAAAGGAACAUUCACACAAAUAUCAGAGAGUAUGAAUAACGCUACUGUUUAAGCUGUUAUCUGUUUAACACCAGGAUUUACCUCUGUCUUAGUGUAUAAUGAUGUGUUGAUACAGGUUAAAGGGAAGUAAUGAUGUUGGUCGAAUCAUAUAAGUAUAGCUGCGAAAUGUUGUAUAAUAUAAUUAAUACAAGAUCCUAACAACACCUCUCUGUUAAAUUUUACUGUUUAAAGUUAUUAAAUUACGGGAAAAACUGGUUUAUUUGUAUGUGUAAAGCCUGAGUUUGGCAGUAUUAAAUUAUGGACUAAUAGAGUAAGUUAAUUAAGUGUCUAAUCGCAAUGUUAGAAAAUGAAACAGGUUGGUUUUGGAGGUUAUGAGAAAACACAUUUCAGAGCCUUAAAAGUAAUGAGUGGAAUCACAAAGUCAGUUUUUCAAUGAUUUUAUGAUUCUAGAUUCACAGAAGUUAAAAGCAGGAGUGAUGUGAUUGUGUAUUCUGGUUCCUGUUAAAAGAAUGUGGGAAAAAGAUGAGAAUAUGUGGUUUUUACUUAACUUCACUUCAACUUUAUUAUGUCUCAAAAUGGGCAAAUCGGGUCGCAGCAGGCACAGGCAUUGACAACACUGCCAUACAUCAUGAAAGAAAAUAAAACACAUUUACAUAAAAACAGUUCUGGAGGUAAAAAGCAUUAAAGACGAUUUAGAAGGGGAAAAAAAAAAGCACAUGUCAAUCAUACCAGUAUUUUCGCAUGAGCAGAUCACAAUAAUUAAGUACAAUACAAAGUAGCAAUAAUAAUAAUAAUAAUAAUAAUAAUAAUAAUAAUAAUAAUAAUAAUAAUAGUAAUAUACACCAUCUAAUAUCCGUAGCAGUAAGCUAAUCAUAUUUGUUAGACAGAUAUUGAGUUGAAAUGUUGGACAGCUGCAGAGCCUGAAAAUGAGCAUAGUAUUCCCUCCUUAAACAUGAUAGACAAAAGUGGUUGUCUGAGGCUAAAAUCAAAUCUAAAGCACCUUUGUGAACAGUCAGGGUCCAUUGCGGUGCAGCUUGGUAAUUAUAUGUCAUUCAGCAGACACUUUUAUCCAAAGCAACAUAUGAGCUUGGUGUGAGUGUUCCAGCGGAAGAAAUGUAGGAAAACCUCAUAGAAGCUCACAGACAGUUUGUACUUUCCAUUGGAGGUGUAGAUAAAGUCGGUGAGUGUCAGUUACUCAGUUUGCAGAGUCAGCACCGGUCAGUGUCUCUCUCCCAGCUCUCUUUGUCUCUGUUCAUCUCUGGCGUUUGUUUGGAUCUCACGCUGGAAAUCUGCCAUAUUGAAUCUUGUUUUUAGUGCCAUGAUGGAUCUUAAGUUGUUUCUUGUUUUUUGCAGGAUGUGUCGACCUUGACGCCUCUCUCCCCAGAGAUCAUCAGCAGACAGGCCACCAUAAAUAUCGGUAUGGCAGAGUCAGGCAAAAAUCUGAUCUUCUUAGAAAGCCGCUGAAAAAACAUGAUGACCACCUUUUCUAACUUUGGUCUCCUUCUCUUGUAGGCACCAUCGGUCAUGUAGCCCACGGAAAGUCCACAGUAGUGAAAGCUAUUUCCGGUGUUCACACUGUCAGGUUUAAGAACGAGCUGGAGAGGAACAUCACCAUCAAGCUCGGAUAUGCCAAUGCUAAGGUAAGGUGCACCGGGGAUUGAUAUCUCAGAGUCAACCUGCUCUCUACCUGACCUCUGCUGUUUUUUUUUAAUGAGAGAUCUGAAAUGAUUGGGGCUUUUGUCUUCUACAAAUGUUUUAUGAUCCAUAAGUUUUUCAUGCAUGUACAGGAUUCAAGACAGUUGGUACAUCAUGCAAACGAGUCAGUUUUUCAGACUUUUUGGACCCGUUUUUGAAUAUUUUAGACCCAAAUAAGCUCCAGAGAGGUUAAGAAAUGCUCAGCUGUCAAUGCAAAACAGUCUGCAUGUGCUGCAUCUAAAUUCUGAGUAGGUGAUGUCAGCUUGUGGAGGGCGAUGUAGCUGCAGAAAAUAGUCUUAACUGGACAAAAAGGUCUGACCCUGCACUGACCUUUCCUCUCAUGCUGUCAUUUGUUGUUGGUUAAUCUUCCUCUUUAGCUCAUUUUCAUUAAAGAAUUGCGUUGCAGACAUUGCAGCCAAAAAACUUGAAUGACUGUGAAGAUAUUUCGACUCCAUAUUUGGACCACACCAGAACAUACCUAUUAAGCCUUUGUUUUUGCAGGUUUAUAAGUUGGAUGACCCAAACUGUCCCCGGCCGGAGUGCUACAGGUCGUGUGGCAGCAGCACUCCUGAUGAGUUCCCCACAGACAUCUCAGGCACCAAGGGCAACUUCAAACUGGUCAGGUAAGACCAGAAAGACAGAGAGAGAGAGAGAGUUCACAAUCAGGCUGUUUUCAGGUCAGAGAUAUUCCCACUGUUUAAGGACAGGAGAGCUUACCUUUCUCAUGAGAGCACAACUUCUGUUUGUUUUCAGUCGUUUUGACCCCCAUGUUUGUUGCUCUGUAGUGCAGUGACACUUUGUACAGAUGUGGAAGUUUCAAAACUUUCUACUGCACCUUGUGAUGGAGUUGUAUUUGGUUUUUAGGAUGUGCACAGGUCCACAUCAUGCUUGCUCGUGUAAAUGAAUGGAUGUGUAAUUAUCUAAGCUCCUGAAAUCUCUGAUAUUCUUUUCAUUUGUGUGUUUUUAAAAAUGUUUCAGACACGUGUCAUUCGUGGACUGUCCUGGUCACGACAUUUUGAUGGCAACCAUGUUGAACGGAGCAGCCGUCAUGGACGCCGCUCUCCUGCUCAUUGGUGAGAUCCCGAUUGGAUUCCCUGAUUUCAUAUUUAUAUUUUUGUCUGAGGAAGUCGCCCUGAGUUUUGUUUUUGCCUCCGUCCACCAGCUGGUAACGAGUCAUGUCCUCAGCCUCAGACGUCGGAGCAUCUGGCAGCUAUAGAGAUCAUGAAGCUGAAGCACAUCCUCAUCCUGCAGAACAAGAUCGACCUGGUGAAGGAGAGCCAGGCCAAAGAGCAGUACGAGCAGAUCCUCGCCUUCGUUCAGGGUGAGCUGAGCUGUGAUGUUUAACACAGGGCAUGGUCGUCUUUAACUGUGAUCUCGAAAUGAAAAGAAACCGAAGAAGGAUGGGGAGAGGGGAGAGUGAUGCUGGAAAGGCUGCAGUGCAUGUUUUUAGGAGGUGUUACAGGUUAAAAGCUUUUAAAACAUGUAACUUGGACAAGGCGGAUGACUUUGACGAGUCCACUUUUAUAGUUAUUAUGAUACGCAUGACCAUAUAAUAAUAAAAUCUGUUUGGAAAAUAAUCUGAACUUUGAACUCUUGAGUUCAUGUGUGGCUCACUCUCCACCCCUGCUGACUCUGAGCUGAUGGCGUGUUUAAAUGUCCGUCCUGCAGGCACAGUGGCGGAAGGCGCUCCCAUCAUUCCCAUCUCAGCACAGCUCAAAUACAACAUCGAGGUGGUGUGUGAGUACAUCGUCAAAAAGAUCCCCGUGCCUCUGAGAGACUUCACGUCUGAGCCCAGACUCAUCGGUGAGAAAACAAUCCGACGUGUUUCUCCAGCUGACUAACCUGGAGGGAAAUUUUCCGUCUGAUUUCCUUUUUUAUGAACUUUACUCUCAGAUUGUUGUUUGCUUUUGUUUCUCAGCUGUUAAACUUCAACAAAGUUUACCUUCUCUGUUUCAGUCAUCCGAUCUUUUGACGUGAACAAACCGGGCUGUGAGGUGGAUGAUUUAAAGGGAGGUGUCGCCGGAGGAAGUAUCCUGAAAGGUGUCCUCAAGGUAACGCAAACUUUGAUCCACUGAUGUGCUCUGAUAAACAACUAUAAACAACUUCUUAACCAACUUCCCUCAAAGACGUCUUUGUAUAUUUUUCCAUGAUGGUUUCUUGCAGCAGUGAGAGUAAAUACAGAAUUUAGUAACAUUUUAUCCACAUUCGAUGAUCCUGGGUGUGAAUUAUGUCCCAGAACAAACAUUGAUAUUUAGUUGAUGAUGCAAAGAUUGAGGAUGUGGACAUUUGCCUGACUCUACACCGGGGUGAUAAUAAACUAAAUCCAUAAUCGGUUUUCCUUUUAAAUUUCUCCUCCAGGUGGGUCAAGAGAUCGAGGUGCGGCCGGGAAUCGUGUCCAAAGACCAGGAGGGGAAGCUCAUGUGCAAACCCAUCUUCUCCAAAAUCGUCUCUUUGUUCGCUGAGCACAACGACCUGCAGUACGCUGCACCAGGAGGCCUUAUCGGUGAGACUGCACAUGCAUGCUUCAAUAAAGACUGAAACCCCGCACAUCUCAGCAACAGUUAAAAGGAGUGAAAUCUCUGUUUUUGCAGGUGUGGGCACUAAAAUUGACCCGACACUGUGCAGAGCAGAUCGUAUGGUCGGUCAGGUGCUGGGCGCCGUCGGAGCGCUCCCAGAGAUCUUCACCGAGCUGGAGAUCUCUUAUUUCCUGCUCAGGAGGCUGCUGGGAGUCCGCACAGAGGGAGACAAGAAAGCUGCAAAGGUGAGUCGUGAAUCAUGGGAAAUGUAGUCCAGACUCUGGUGGUAAUAUGAUGUAAAGAACAGAGAGGUAGGUGAAGGAAAUAACUUAAAACUAUGAGCUGAUACUGAAGAAAAAUGUGUCACUCUUUCUCUUUGAUGACCGGCGUCACUGACCCUCUCCUGAAACGGAUUUGUGUCUCUGCAGGUCCAGAAGCUUUCUAAGAACGAGGUGUUGAUGGUGAACAUCGGCUCGCUGUCCACAGGCGGCCGUGUCAGCGCCGUCAAAGCUGAUUUGGCCAAAAUCGUCCUCACAAACCCGGUGUGCACAGAGGUCGGAGAGAAGAUCGCUCUGAGUCGACGUGUGGAGAAACACUGGCGGUAAGGAAACAUUCCUGCGUGUUUAUUUGCGGAGGAUUGUGGAUGUUUCCUCCCUCCGGUCGUUGAGCUGAUUUCUAAUCCUCUUCUUCUCUUCCUCUCAGUCUGAUUGGAUGGGGACAGAUCAGGAGGGGCGUAACCAUCACACCGACAGUGGACGAUGACUGAAGAGAGGAAAAAUAACAGGAAUUAACCAUAACAAUGCCCCCCCCCCCAUCAUCUGGACAUCAACACCACCAUCACCACACUCUUCUUCUUCUUCUCUGCUUUUUUUGUUUGUUUUUUUUCAUGAGAAGAGCAGAAGUACAGACAGGACUUUUAUUUGAUUUAAAGAUGCUUCCUCCCUCUGCUCCUCGUCCUCAGCAGCGAGGGUCACAAGAGUUCAUGUUUGUGCUGCAGAUGAAGGAGAGCAGAGGAGGAGAGGAGGCUCUUUAGACGAUCUUAAAAAUCCUCCAGAAGGUUUAAAGACAUGCGAGAGCUGAGGUUCAUUCGGUGCAGACGUGACGCUGUACUGUCCAAGAUUUCUGUAAGAUCUAAUAAAUACAUUUGGAACAAAACUCAGGA